CCUCCAGUGAUUAUUGCGUCUGGGUCCUAGCAAACAUGAGGCAGCUGCCAGCCAGACCAGGCAGUCCCGUGUGUUCGGGCUGCAAAGUGGGGAGGCCAGUGACAGUCCCCCUCAGCAGCCAGGAUGCAGAGGGCCAAGGAAGCAAUGAAGGCAUCAGAUGGCAGCCUCCUGGGCGACACUGGGCACACACAGCUGAGCAAGAAGGAGGGCAUCAAGUGGCAGAGGCCGAGGUUCACCCGCCAGGCCCUGAUGCGUUGCUGUUUGGUCAAGUGGAUCUUGUCCAGUGCUGCCCCACAGGGCUCAGAGUCAGAUGACCUCACAGACAUACAGGACGAUGGGCUGCUGGAUUCACCUGUCACUCAAUGCUCAUUUGUCUUUAUUUCCAAAUCUCUGGAAACAGAACCCCAUCUCUGCCUCUCAGAGCUCUGUGUUAAGUAAAUUGCUUCUAAGCUAUCUGAACCUCGGUUUCUUCA